GAUGCCGAUGGGCCAUCUCCAUGGUUGUUCAGAUGGUCUCAAAAAAGGAGAAGCUUCCUUUUCUCAUUCCCAAAAGACCCAAAAGAUCUAUCAUCUUUCUCAUUAUUCAGUGAAGUAAAAAAGUCCCCAUUUUCUGUUCAAUUCAAUGGUGCAGUUCUCUUUCUCUGAAUAAGCUCUUUGUUUGGUACUCUUAAAUGUUUUUAAUUUGAGGUUAAUUCUAUAUCUCCUUUCUGUUAUAGGAACUGGCUUUCCAACUUCGACCUUUCUUGUGUGUCUUUUGGUUUUAGUUGUAUCUUCCAAAAAUAUGAAUAAUUCUGAUCAAGAGAAGCAAGAUCAGAGGACUAAUUCUGGCAUGGAAGAUUCCACUGCAAUGACUAUUGAAUUCCUUCGAGCACGGCUGUUGUCUGAAAGGUCUGUGUCAAAAAGUGCAAGACAAAGAGCUGAUGAACUGGCACAAAGGGUAGCAGAGUUGGAGGAACAACUAAGGUAUGUGUCUCUUCAAAGAAUGAAGGCUGAGAAGGCAACAGCAGAUGUUCUUGCUAUUCUGGAGGGUAACGGGAUUAGUGACAUUUCUGAGACGUUUGAUUCGAGCUCUGAUCAAGAUAUUCCACGUGAAUCCAAAUUGGGUAAUAUGUCCUGCAAAGAAGAAGAGGAUUCAGUCAAUUCGAAAGUGAGAAACAAUGAGUCAGAAGAACUUUCAGGUUCUGAUUUUGAUUUUUCUUCUGCACCUGGUAGAAGCUUGUCUUGGAAAGGUCGCAAGGAUAGCCCAUGUUCUCUUGAGAAAUACAAGGAUCCAUCUGUGAGAAGACGGAGUAGUUUUGCAUCUGUUGGUUCUUCUCCAAAACGCCGCACAGGCAAGUCAUGCCGCCAAAUAAGACGCAAAGAACCUAGAUAUGUAGCUGAGGAUUUCAAAGCCAGCCCAGUCAAGGUUGAUACUCUUGAAGAUGAAGUCGUCACUCCUUCAGAAGAAUUUUUAAAUGGUUCUGAUGUUAAGCGUGGGAGCUUGGAAAGUGUUGUUAAAAGGGGCGAACAAAUAUUUCAUGGCGGUUGCUUCAGAAGCAAACGAAAUGCAAGUAGUAAUGAUCUUGAUUAUAAUGUGUAUGGAGGAGACAGAGAGAUGGAAAAAGCCCUUGAACAUCAGGCACAACUGAUUGGCCAAUAUGAAGCAAUGGAAAAGGCUCAAAGAGAAUGGGAAGAAAAAUUCAGAGAAAAUAACAGUAGUACGCCGGAUUCAUGUGAUCCUGGGAACCGGUCAGAUAUCACUGAGGAAAGAUAUGAGGUCAAGGCACCAGCCACAUACCCUGCCGUGACAAUUGCCUCCCAAACUCAUGUGGUGAGCUCAGAAGUUGAAGAUUUGUCCAAUAUUCGGCCUAAUGGCUUCUUACCAUCCUCACAUGUUGAUGUGGAAAGAGAAAGCAGUAACACGGCUGUUUCCAAAUCCUCAAGUCAAGACUUUGCUUUCCCAAUGGCCAAGGGAAAGCAAAAUCAAGAGAGCACUGGCAACAACUAUCUUGCACCAUCACAUGUCCCUGAUCAUGAUUCAGUUUCAAAUGGUUCACACAAUUCCCCUGGGAGCCAAACUGUGCCUGGCAUUCCAUCAAAUCUAAAUAACGGAUUCAGCGGUAGAAAAACUUCUGGAAACCAAAAUGAACUUUAUGCAUUGGUGCCACACAAAGCAUCUGAUGGAUUGGGUGGCGUGCUGGAGGCACUUAAAGAAGCAAAGCAGUCACUACAACAGAGGAUUGACAAAUUGCCAUUAGCAGCCACAUCUGUUGGAAAAUCUGUUGAAGCCUCUUUUCCCUCUCCUGGAGAUAAAGUGCAGAUUCCUGUUGGAUGUAUUGGACUUUUCAGAUUACCUACUGAUUUUUCAGUUGAAGCUAAUGCACGAGCUGACGUCCUGAAUUCAAGUGCUCAAUUAAGUUUGGGAAACUAUUAUCCAGAUGCACGUGUUACAGCAGCUGCCAGUAAUCAAUUUAUCUCAAGCCCAUACUUCGAGAGUCGAUCUAACAUGUCAACUGAGGAUCAAUUUCUUGCCAGCCAAUAUGUUAGGAGUGGCUCAAGAAUCCCCACACAGAAGCCUUAUUUUGAUCCUUACUUGGAUACAGGUUUACCGUCUUCAAGUAGAUACACUUAUCCCAGUUAUCCCAUCAAUACCUCCUAUCCUGACUUGAUGCCUCGGAUGCCCACAAGAGAAGCAUUCUCACCAUCACUUCCAGGUAGAAUUGCUGGCAUGCCUUCUGCAAAUCAAUUCCCUUUCAUUGAUGAUAAUAUUAAACCAAACAUGUAUAGAUAAUAGCUUAUCAUUUUCUGUAGGUUUUCUGAAGUUAUUAGGUUUACCGGGGUUUCAGAAAUAGUGAUUUUGUAUUGUAACAGUAGAUGUCCUGACCCUUGAUAUAUGUAUGUAGUUGUAUCAUUUUUAUGGGGUGAAUUUUUUGUUGGGAGAUGAGAUUCGUAAAGAGAUUGAUCAUACCUGAGUUUCGUUUUCUCAUCAAUGCGUCUUGUUUCUUCCAUAUAUUCAUAAAGAAACACACUAUUAUAGCCAUGAA